CUGGAGGCAGAACCACCAGCGCUAAUUGUUUGAAGGAGGGAACCUAGUAAAGCCUUCCUCCUCCUCAUCCUUUGCUAUUAAUCUCACUUCAUUGUUACUGUUAUUGUGGGGGGCGAACCCUGUUGAAGAUAAGAGUGAUUUGAUUGCAGGAAUCCAGCUGCUUCUCAGUUUGUCCUAGUGGUUGGCAGAUUUCAGAGGCAAAGUGGAAGAUGUCUAACAACAUGGCCAAGAUUGCAGAUGCAAGAAAGACAGUGGAGCAGCUGAAACUGGAGGUCAACAUAGAGAGGAUGAUGAUAUCCAAAGCAGCAGCAGAACUGAUGUCCUACUGUGAGUCUCAUGCUAAAGAAGACCCUCUGGUGACUCCAGUCCCUUCAUCGGAAAACCCUUUCAGAGAGAAGAAGCUACUCUGUGUCAUACUCUAAUUCCUUGAAAAGUUUUUGUGCAUUACUGUCUUUCUAAUUAAAUAAAUCUUUAGUGACUUUCCAGAUGCAAAUGAUCAUCUUUUUGGCAUGAU